AUAUAACCCAAGUAAAGUGCAAUGCAACUUUUAGCUUAAUUAAAUAAAAGAGAAAAUGACUUCAAGUCAACAGAAUAUCAAGUCUCAAGGAAAACUCAUUAAUAAAGAAACAAACCCAUGUUUGAAAGAGCAUAAUCUAACAAAUAAUUGUUUAGUAGAAAAUAAUUAUGAUAAGGAAAAAUGUGAGUUAUACUUUGAGAACUACAGAAACUGCAAACAAUUUUGGUUGGCAGUUCAAGUAGAUCGUAGAAGAAAAGGAAUCACACCUGAAAUGCCAUCAUUAGAAGAAAGGAACAAAAUAAUGGAAGAAAGGAAAAGAAAUCUUAGCAGUACAAGUAGAUAA